CCCAGCCUCAGCUACGGCCUCAAACGCACGCUUGAGCGCUCACGCACGGCUCUAAUCACGCACCGCCGCACAAACCUCGCCAUGCGGGUCUCUCUUGCCCUCACGGGCCUCAGCCUUGCGCUGCUGCCCUUCACUCGCGGCGCACGCGUGCUCAUCGGCAACGAUGACGGCUUCGGCACAGCCAACAUCAGAGCGCUGUACGCCGCCGUGCGCGCGGCUGGGCACGAGGCCCUCAUCGCUGCGCCGGUGCAGCAGCAGUCUGGCACGGAUGGCACGAUGAAGGACCCCACGCCGCUGGAGCGCGAGGGCGAGUUCGGCCUCGUGCCAAAGGGCGCGCCUGCCGAGGGCCACGACGCGGCAGACGACCACAUUUGGUACAUCAACAGCACACCCGCCUCGUCGAUCAAGUACGGCCUCGACGUGCUGGCGCCGCGAUACUUUGGUGGACCGCCCGACGUGGUGCUGACUGGCCCGAACCAGGGUAGCAAUCUCGGCCUCGCCUACCUCGUCUCGGGCACCUACGGCGCAGCAAAGUAUGCCGUGGCCCAGGGCGUGCCCGGCAUUGCGCUCAGCGCACAGAACGCCACUGUGCGGCCGUACACCGAGCUCGGCGGACCCGAGGACCAGGCGAACAUCUACGCGGCUCAAGCCGUACAGCUGCUUGGGCAAUUGCUCAAGAGCUCGCCCCCCCUUCCUCGCGGCACCGGCCUGAACGUCAACUUUCCCUCUGCGCCGCAGCGCGGCUGCACAGCCUCCAACUCACGCUGGAUCGUCUCGCGUCUGCUCGGCAACGUGCAGCGCAGUCCCGAUGCCUGCACGUGUGGCGAUACAUCAGCUGCCAGUGGCUGCAAGCUGCCCGUGGAGCGCAACGUGCUCGACAAGAAGCACGGCUGCUCAAACUCCAUCUCGGGCUUUGCGCCGACUACGUGGAGCCCAGACACGAGCGCACAACAGCAGCAAGUCGUCAUCGAGAGCCUGCAGGGCUUCACCUCGUGCCUGGCCUAGACGUGCUACAGAGCAAUGCUACAUUUGCGAACAAGUGG